AUGGCCGAUAUCUUCCGCCUCCUCUCGCGCGGCAGCACCCUCGCCAAAGGCGCCACGGGCGGCUCCCACAUCACCACAGCCCGCAGCAAACCCACCACCACCACCACCGCACCCAAGAAGCGUUCCCGCGAGCAGGACGACCUGUCGGUGCCCAAGGAGCUCGACUUCUUCGGCGACGCCGCAAACACGAAGAAGAAGAAGCCCAAAGUCGCGGACGCAGACGGCGACCUGUCCAUGGACGACACCGACGGGGGGGAGGAUGAUGAGGAGGCAGAAAAGGCCAAGGAUGAGGCGGCAAAGAAAGAGAAUGACGGACUAGAGGUAGUCGAGGAGGACGACGACGACGCCGUAAGGAAGCUGAUGUGGGCGCACAAGCUCAAAUACACGCUCCUCACCGACCCCGCCGCCAACGACGACGACGACGAAGACGAAGACGGCGCGAAGAAGCCCAAAAAGAAGAAGAAGAACAAGCACGCCCAGCUGCUGAUCCCGCCGCUCACGUCGUUCGCGCAGCUGCGCUCGCGCGCGCACGGGUAUGCGCUCUCGCGGCGCGUGUACGAGAACAUCCUGGCGCAGGGGUACGCGGCGCCGACGGAGGUGCAGAUGGGCGCGCUGCCUGUGCUGAUGAAGGAGCAGCAGGCGUCGGGGGGGGCGGACCUGCUGACGUGUGCGCCGACGGGGUCGGGGAAGACGCUGGCGUAUGUUGUGCCGCUGCUGGACUGGAUCCUGUCGGCGCGGAAGGAGGGCGGUGGUGGUGGUGGUGGUGAGCGCGGGGUGCGCGCGGUGGUGCUGGCGCCGACGAAGGAGCUGGCGGCGCAGAUUGUCAAUGAGGUGCGGAAGCUGUCUGUGGGGACGGGCGUGCGCGUGUCGCUGAUGCGCAAGGGGAUGGCGGGGACGUCGGCGAAGGGCGAGGAGGCGGGCAUCAGUGUGAAGAGCGACAUCUUGGUGUCCACGCCGCUGCUGCUGCUGCAUGCCAUUGGGGCCGAGGAGAAGAAGGAGGAGGAGGAAGGGGGGGGGAAGAGGGGCGAGUUUGCGGGCGUCCGGAGGCUGGUGCUGGAUGAGGCCGAUGUGCUCCUGGAUGAGCUGUUCCGCGACCAGACGCUGGGCAUCUGGCGGGCGCUGAAGGAGGGCGCGGAGAAGGAUGGCGGGCUGAGGACGAGCCUGUGGAGCGCCACCAUCAGCAGUGGGACGGAGGAGAUUGCGCGCAGCAUGAUGCUCCCCUCCUCCAGCGCCCCCCCCGCGGCCCCCACCACAACCCUCGACGAGCCCACCGCCGCCUCUCCAAAGCCCAAAAAGUCCAAAAAGUCCAAGAAGACCCCCGAAACCGCUCCUGAGCCACCAGCACCCGCGCCCGCGCCCGCUCCCACCGCGACAAUCCUCCGCCUGAUCGUCGGCGUGAAAGACACCUCCCUCCCCACCGUCAAGCAAACACUCCUCUACACCGCCACCGAGCCCGGCAAGCUCCUCGCCCUGCGCCAGCUCUUCACCACCCGCUUCGUGCCGCCCGCGCUCCUCUUCGUGCAGAGCAUCCCGCGCGCGCAGGCGCUCUACAACGAGAUCCAGUACGACCUGCCGACGCCGGGGCGCAUCGCCGUGCUGCACGCCUCGCUCACCGACACGGCGCGCGAGGACGUCAUGGGCCGCUUCCGCCGCGGCGACGUCUGGGUGCUCAUCACGACGGACCUGCUUGCGCGCGGCGUCGACUUCAAGGGCGUGCGGCUGGUGGUCAACUACGACAUCCCGACGACCGUGGUGGCGUAUAUACACCGCGUGGGGCGCACGGGGCGGGCGGGCAGGGAGGGCGGCGAGGCUGUCACGUAUUAUACGGAGGAGGACGUGCGCUAUGUGAAGGGGAUUGCGAACGUGAUUGCGGUGUCGCAGGGGGAGCAGGGGAGGGGGGAGGGGAGGGUGGGGAGGUGGCUCUUGGAUGCGCUGCCGAAGGUGGGGAGGAGGGAGAGGAGGGAGCUGAAGAGGAAGGGCGUCAAGGCGAGGGCGGGGACGGAGGCGAAGGGGGCUGCGAGGAUCAGUACGAAGAGCGGGUAUGAGAGGCAGAGGAUGGACAGGAAGAGGGGCGCGGUGGAGGCGAGUAAGCGGAGGGCUGCUGCAGAGGCGGCGAAGGGGGGGGAGAGCGGCGGGGAGAGUGGGGGGGAGGAGGAGGAGGAGUUUAUGGGCAUUGAGGAGUAG